AUGGCGGCUGCCCUGCCAACAACGCAGGUUGGUGCACAGACGGUUGCGGCUCUGCCGACGCAGAUAGGGAGCACAACGAUGCCUGGUGUGCAGACAAUGCCGGCUGUUCAAUAUGCAGGCGCCCCAACGUACACUUACUUGAACCCAUCUCAGCCUUAUACUACCUAUGCGGGCGGGAUGGCAUCACUACCAACGUCAACGUGGAUCCAGCCUGCCGUGACAACUGUGAGCCCACAAGCACUUCCUGUAACCUCUGUGCCAGCAACUUCCAUGCCAGCCACUUCCAUGCCCACAACGGUUGCAGGUUCACAGUACGGACAGUACGUAAUGCCAACCUACACAUACCCCGUGUACCCAGGAGCUUCUUAUCCUAUGGUCUCAGCAUCUGCUCCUCAGAACUUGCCCACCACCAUUGUUGCAAACCCCGCAGAGGCUGGAAUGGCCCCAGCUCCAUCAGAGCAGCCUGUGGUGGCUGAAGUUCAGGCGGCGGCUGUAACAUCGAACGUCAGUGCGACGCCGCUAGUUCAGGCAGCACCAACUCCCACAAAUACGCCCGUGAUGCAGUCUGUUGGCACUGCCAGCAGUGGUGUGAUGCAAUCCCUGGGUGCUGCGAACACACCAGUGACGCAGAUGCAACCCAUGCAAUCUCAAUCCCCAAUGGCUCAGUCCUUCGUCAUGGUUGGCACACCGCAGGCAAUGCUGACUUCCUUGCCAGCUGGCUCGCCUGUCGCUUCAACCCCGCAGGGCUUUCCUCAAAUGUCCCUCCCUGCCACCAGCGCAUCGGUUCCAAUGGACCCGGCCACCAGCCUCGGGGCAUCCCGGCCAGAGUCUGAGGUGAAGACGCAGUCAAAGGAUCUUCGAAAGCCAGGAAAGAAGCCCAAAAAGGGCAAGAACAAGUUUGGCUGCUGUGGUUGCUGA